AUGACACCACAGGACCUCGAAAAGUAUCGACUCGUGAUCCCCGACGAUGCCCUGCCAAGGUCGAUACGCCACGGCGAUGAAGAGGCAAGUGGCGGCUUCUUCUACAUCCCAGACUUCAUCUCCUGCGACGAGGAGAGGUACUUGCUCGAAAAGAUCGAGCAAUGCCCGAAGCCCAAGUGGAAAGUACUGCAGAACAGGAGACUACAGAGCUGGGGUGGUCAAGUAUCCUCAAGGAACGUCCUCAUACCAGAGGCUAUGCCUGACUGGCUGGUUCAUUACCCCCCUCUCGUGCAUAGGCUAGCCGCUACGGGAUGCUUCGCCAAAAGCUUGCACCAGAGGCCCAAUCACUGUCUGAUCAACGAAUAUCUGCCGGGACAAGGCAUCAUGCCACACCAGGAUGGAGGCGCAUACCACGCGACAGUGGCUACCAUCAGCCUUGCCUCGCACACAGUGCUCGACAUAUAUCGCUGGGCAGACGAUGGUGAAGCAGUCGACUCACAACACACCACUCGAGCUCGGGAAUGCGACCCAGCCUUCUCUAUAUUGCAGGAGCCACGCAGCCUCUUGCUUACUACUGGAGAUGCAUAUAGAAUGUAUCUUCACGGCAUCGCGGAGAGGACGCGGGAGGAGACUUCACACCUUUCCCGCGUAGUCAACGGCAGCAGCGUGAGAGACAGAGCGAUCAAGGCAAAAGUUCAGGCUGCGUGCGGACCCAAUGCAGGAAGUGACCUUGAUCAAUACGACGUCCUGAUCAGGGAGAAGAGGGUGUCGCUCACAUUUCGAGAUGUGGAGAAAGUGAGCAAGGGCCUCAAUGCUCUGCUCGUCAAGCAUUGA